GCCAUGAGGACAGCGAAGCGAGAGUGGAACUGAGCUGCAGGGACACGGUUCCACUGGAGUUGAAAAAUUCAGAAUGGGAGGAUGAAGCUGUCUUGUUAUCAUACGUCUGUCUGUUUCUCUCACAUCGCAGGUUUCAUUUGGAUGUAUUUUUGAGCAACAGAAGGUUCAGACCAAAAGAUGCACUCUGCUCUUUAAAUUCUCUUUGCUUGUGUCAACAAUUUAUCCAGAGACAAUUUUAGUAUAAAAAGGCACACUUCCAAAUGUACUCUUGUUUCUUUUUUUACUACAAAAUUUGGAAAAUGGAGCCAUCACAAUGACAAGCCCUCCAGACUGAAGAGACGCAUGCGCGCUUCCCAGAGGAGUUCAGGAGGAGUCAGCCUCCACCAUUCACUGCUGUCAGACUAUACUUCCCAGUACAUGUAAGUCGAUGAGGACUGGACCCUCCAUCGGCGGCUGUCUGGUUAUGAAAAGCUGCUUCCUGUUAGCCAAGAGCAGCCUUUCUCUCUCACACACAUGCAGGCAGGCCACCAGAUGUUUGACGGGAUUGCCGUCCACCAACGGCUGUGCUUGGGAGCCCUCUACUUGUUGGCGGCAGGGGUGGCGCUAACAUCUGAAACACGCUGGCCGUGUCCACAGCCCUGCCGCUGUAACACCGAGCUGCUGGAGGUGAAUUGCUCUCAUGGCCAGCUCAGCACAGUGCCCAACGAUCUCGCAAAGGAGGCUAAAUUACUGAACGUAACUCACAACAUCAUAAAAACUCUGGUGCAUCAGCAGUUCCAGACUUUAACGCAACUUUUAGAGAUGGAUUUAAGUGACAACCUUCUGGCAGUAGUUGAAGUGGGAACUUUCCUCGGCUUGCAAAGCCUACUAACACUGCGUCUUGCCCGCAAUCAGCUGAAGAUUAUUCCUGUAGGAGCAUUUGCUGGUUUGCCAAACCUGCAGUUACUAGACAUAAGCAGCAACGAGAUCCUUCUCUUCCUAGAUUUUACUUUCCGCGACUUGGCAGCCCUGCAGUGUAUUAAAGCCGCAGAUAAUGACUUAGUUUUCAUCUCUCAUCAAGCUUUCACUGGACUAACCAGUCUACAAGAGCUGCACCUUGAUGGUGGCAACCUCACUGCUGUGCCGACAGAGGCGCUCUCACAGCUUAGUGUGCUGAGAAGCCUUCAUUUUCACCAACUGGGCCUCACCGCACUGCCAAACUAUUCUUUCCGUCAUCUAGUGCACCUCAAGGAACUUGUCAUUUCUCAUUGUCCCUGGCUGGAGACGCUGUCAGGAAACAGCCUCUUCGGCCUAAAUCUUACAUCCUUCACCAUUAGACACUGCAACCUUAGUGCUGUCCCCUACAUUCCUUUGCAUCAUCUUGUAUAUCUUGUAUACCUUGACCUUUCCUUUAAUCCUAUCACUUAUAUUCACGGGAACCUGCUUGGAGACUUGCUCCGGCUACAAGAGCUCCAUUUGGUUGGGGGAUCAUUGCUACGCAUUGGAAUUGGAGCAUUCAGGGGUUUAACACAUUUCAAAUUGCUGAAUGUAUCUAGAAACCUUCUCACCACACUCGAGGCAGGUGCUUUUCAAUCAGUGGACACCCUAAAAACUCUGGGACUUAAUAACAACCCACUGGCAUGCGACUGCCGUUUGCUGUGGGUGGUGCGAAGACGCCUGUACCUGGACUUUGGUGGACAUUCCCCGACUUGUGCUACCUCAGUCCAGCUGCAGGGCUGGAAUUUUCUUGACCUUUCUGAAGUUGAGCAACCAGGCCUGCUCACCUGUCGGCAGCCUCGAAUUAUUAACCGCAAACCUCAAGAAGUGAAAGUAGAUCAGGGACACACAGUGGUGUUUUAUUGCAUUUCAGACGGUGACCCUCUUCCAUUUGUAAACUGGCUAGACCCACAGCUAAGACCUUUAUCACCUAUUGGUAGAAUACGGGCUCUCUCUAAUGGCUCAUUAGAGGUUCGCUAUGCUCAGCCUCAAGACAGUGGUACUUAUCUCUGUGUGGCAUCUAAUGCGGCAGGAAAUGACAGCCUGCCUGUCAGCCUUCAUGUUCGAGCUUUUCCAUCAUCUUCUAAAAACCCUUUUCAUCUUAAAGGUUGGUUUGCCUUUCCCUCUGCCUCUCCAGGUGUGAAUGGAAACCAGAAGCUCCCAUUUGAUGUCAAGACGUUAGUGAUGGCAGCAACAAUUGGGUUUCUUUCAUUUUUCGGCUCUGUGAGCGUAUGUUUCAUUUUCAUAUUCUUCUGGAGUAAGAGCAAGGGGCAAAUAAAGCACACAGCCACAAUCGCAUACGUGCCACGAAGUGCCAUGUCGAGUAGCAACAGAGGAACAGGCAACUAUAUGGAGACAAGCAGGUUCACCAUGAAACUAAUAUGAGUCAGUAAGUAAAACAUCUAUUUUUCAAUUAAAAAACCUGGUGUAACUUGAUAUACGACAAGUUUGUCAGCUGUAAAAUAUUAAAGUACCAGGCAUUAAAACACCAAUUUCUAGACAGAAUUGAAAAAAAGAAUCACCAUAAGAAUUGAAUUUUAGUAGCAUGUUAACUUGCAUGCAGCAGAGGCUGACAAUAAAUACAUUCAUAUAAAUGUGAGCAUUUUAGUUAACAUCUAUGCUGCAAAGUGAAAAAGACACACAUACACUAAAAACUGUGCGGCUUUCAGUUCUUCUGGGCAUUAAGAAAUGUGUUAAUUUGUUUGUUUUAGUUGAGAUGAAAUAGUAGACUUAUUUAUUGAAGUAAUUACUGGAACUACUAUGGUAGCCAUGAGAUAAUUAGAAUAUAAUAACAGGAAUGUUAACCUUAUGUUAAGGUUAUUAUACACAACACCUGCAUCUAUAUAGCACAUCAUUUCUAUUCUACUUAAUUAGAUUUUUAUUUUUUGUUAGUAUUCUGACAUUGUCACAUUUACCACUGUACUCAUUCUUUAAUGGACGUGUGUAAUGUAUGUUUGUUUUUGUUU